AUGCAGUGCAUUGUAUAUUUUAUUGCGUUAAUUUUAAUUUGUGGGCGUGUUACAUCAGAAAUACGGGGAAGUGUGAUGAUGAACAAAUUAACAAAAGUAAAACCGGUCGGAGGUAACCUAGGCAACAGAUUCGUACCAUUAACAGAGGUACCACCCCCACGCGUACCACAUUACCGGUCCGGAAGAAGGCAUUUAGAAGACGAGUGCAGCCAGAGACCGCCGCCACGGGAGGUCUUCGAAGGCAGCAAGGUUGACAUACAAGGGGAUUACUACGACGAAAGAGUUAGAAAGACUGUUGCCACUGUGAUUAUACCAGAUCACAUUGACUUCAAACAUUUUCAAGUGACGACUCAAGUCCCAUACCUAACCUUGGGCCCCAUAGAAGCCAUUGGCUACCAUCCAAGCACACUGAAGAGCGAACACCCAAGCGAAUGCGAGAAGAUUUACCAGGACCACAUAGAAGACUUGUAUUCUGAUGAAACAACCGAUUAUUCCGAGGAGUCUUUGGAAAUGGCCAAAAUGCCAAUGGACCCUGUGGAUGAAGUGAGGAAGGAAAUACAAGAUCACUUGGAAGACAUGUACUACAUGGAUAAAUAA